GCGCCAUCUCUCGCAAUCAAAAGGCGGUGCUAGACGCUGCCGCCGGCGCAGCACCACCCACCGACGGCCGGGCCGCGUCGAAGAACCGCGUCGGGCAGCCUGCCGUGAACGUAGCGGCGCCGCUGCGCCCGAGAACCAUCAAGCCAUGCCGUCCGCGGGCGACCAGAUCAACGAGCUCCUCGAGGACGAGACGAGGCGGAGCUUCCCGGACCCGAACUCGAAGAAGGCCCGGGCGCGGCGCCGCCGCCAGCGGCUCUACGGCCUGGGCAGCGACGCGCGGUUCCCGCGCGUCCGCCGCGGCGAGGCCCAGGCGUUGGCGGCUUUCGCGCAGGCGGCGCGCCUGCCCGGCGCCGCCUCGCAGCUGAGCCACGCCGCGCGGCCCUGCGACCACCACGACACCUACGAGCACGACGCCUGGUACCGCAUGAGCUACUGGGAGCCGUCCGCGCACCGCGCGACGGCCGCCCCGGAUAGGGUGUUCGUCGGCACGGCCGGCGCGCGGCACCGGGGCGGCGUCGGCCUGGCGCGGCGGGAGCCCUGGUACGGCCCUGGUACCGGCGCGGCCUCGGACGCGCCCUCGACGGACCUCUUCGCGGACGCGGUGCGCUACGGCUACGACGGCGCGCGGCGGCGGCGCCACUACCAGCAGUUCCGGGGGUCGGCGCCGGGCAAGACCCUGGACGACACCUGCCCCGCCUACCUGCGCGGGAACACGACGCUGCGCGCGGAGUGGGCGCCGCCGCUGCGCGGCGCGCCUCCGAAACCCGGCGGCACCUGGGGCGCGACGCCGCGGCUCUGGCCCGAGAACGCGAGCUACCCGUCGGGCUUCAAGGGCACGUCCCAGGGCCAGCGGCCCUCGUCGUCGUGGUACCGCGGCCAGACGACGGUCGCCGAGACGGCGACGGCGCGCGACGGUGACGACGGCGCCGCGGCCUGGCUCGACCCGCGCGUCAAGCGCGUCUGCGAGCUGGAGCGCCGGUCCCAGAGCCGCCUGAAGCGGGCGGCGCGGCUCGAGAAGGCGUCCCUGAGAUCGGCGCUCGUGGGCGGCUCGGUCCAGUCGGGCGGCACGGUCCUGACGUACCGCCCCUCGACGUCGUACCUCCCGCGCAAGGAGGAGGAGGACGCGUCGACGGGCCGCGAGGUCCUGGUACGGCACAGCGGGCCGCAGACCAUCCUGAUCGCGCCGGGCCUGACGUGCGCGGACCAGGUCUCCGACGCGGACGUCUUCCGCUUCGACCUGAAGUGGCAGGAGCUGGGCCGCUUGUACCGGGACGUGCUCUUCGACAAGGCGACGAAGGAGCCGCCGCGGGCCUUCGACGACCUGCUGGCGAAGCUGCGGGAGGCGGCCGCGGGGCCGCGCGUCGCGCGCGAGACCUUCCUCGAGACGCUGAGCGUGGCCGUCCCGGGCAUGUCGAAGGGCCGCGCGAAUUUGCUGUUCUCGGUCUUCGCGCCGCCGGCGGCGCGCGAGGCCGAGUACGCCCUGAUCCUGGCGCCGCUGCGCUGCGUCUCGCACGGCUGGGACGCGGCCGAGUGCCUCGCCGAGCUCUGGGCCUCCUUCACGAGCGAGGACCCGCGGAAGAGCACGGCGCGCAAGGUCCGCGACGCGCUGACGUGCUGCGCGCGGUCGGCGGGCGACGCCGAGGACAUGCAGGCGCUGCUGCCCGCGGUGAUCGGCGCGCUGACGCGGCAGGUCGUCCUCCGGGGCGACGCCCCGACGGACGACGGCGGCGAGGAGGCGCUCGCGGCCGACGGCGUCUUCGGCGUCGCGCCGCCGGCCCCGGACGACUUCCGGGCGGCGCUCGCCGCGGCGCCGGCGGCGGUCGAGGCCUUCGGGCGGCAGCUCGCGGCGGCGCGCGCCUUCGUGACGGGGGCCGACGCGGCGGACGCGGGGCCGCCCGGCCCGUCCGUCGCGCGGCGCGUCACGUCGAUGCGCGAGGACCUCAACGCGCGGCUGCACAACGUGAGCACGUCGAUGCGCGCGCCGACGGGCAUGAGGAGCUAA